AUCAUUUAUCAAAAUGAAGUACUUCACCGCUCUUCAGGCUGCUGCCUCCGCCUUCGCGGUAGUCCAAGCCCUCAACCCUGGGAAAAUCUCGACGGACUGGUGCCCUGCCAACGAAGUCCAGCCCAACGGCCAGCUUCCUCCCAGCACCAUCUAUCCCCAAGCCCUUGUCCCUAUUAGCAAGAGGGAGCCCGACACUCCCUUCUUUUCCGUCGACAACAUUGCGGAAAUCUCCCCCGGCGACAAGUGCACCAUCACCAACUUCAUGAUCCCCGUCGCUGAGGCCCAGCACAAGACCUGCAGUCUAGUCUUCGACUUCCCCAACUGGGGUAACUAUAACUACUCGGGUUCUGGUCACUUCAACUUCAUCGGCUACGCCCUCGGGGCCUUCGCCAUCCCUGGCGUUACCACCUACAACCGGCAGCCCGCGGCCGGUCCCAGCCCCCAGUCCCCUCCUCCCGUCAUGUCCCCAGGACACUCAUACGUCCUCAUGUCCGCUCCCUGCAACAUCCCCCCCGACAUCCCCGGCGGCAUCGCGCCCGUCAGCGGAGCCAUCUGUUCCGAGGAUACGGCCUUCUCCUACAAGCAGACCAUGGAGCCCAUCCAGCCUAAUCCGGUCAAGCAGGGCCUGGGUGGCUGGGGAAAGAAGCCUUGCCCGCUGGGAUUCUUUGUCAUUCUCUCUUGAUGGCUGACGCCUGGAACUGCGAAUGAGGGACUGAGUGGGCGAAUGCGCAGAUGCGGUGCUUUCGUGUUGUCAUGUCUUCUCAUGAGCGGAACAGUGACGCACUGAAAACAAGGUAAUCUGUCAGGUGAUGAGGGUCGCGGUGGAAAAAUUCGCUCCUUGUUGCCUAUAUACUAAGGG